AUGGCACACUCUCCGCCUUUCGAAUCAGGAAGUUGGACGCCGGCCUUGCCAGGACACCUAGCGACUACGACCUGUGCUGCUGGUGAAGGGCUGUCAGGCAGUCUGUGUGGCCCUGAUGAUGAUGACUACGGGGGCUGGCUGUCGACUCAGGACUCAUUACAACACGGCCGAGCCGGUGAGGUCGAGACCAUCGCCGGCCUUUGGAUGCUUGCCUGGCAUGGCACAACUGGACGGCUUCGGACGAACUGGCACCUAUCGACCUUUUUACCCACUGACUACUGUCCUUCACCAAGAGUCGUCAGAUAUGGCUAUAUCAAUCUCGACGAUGCUCCCAUCAACUUUCUCUUCGCACUUUCUGGUUUCAGGCUUUGA